CGGGACCUCAUCAACCAUGCUGAGGUGUUCUCCGACAUCUACAAGAUCAGGCAGGUCACCAAAGGGCUGUGUCUGGAGGUGGAGGGGAAGAUGGUCAGUAGGACAGAGUGUAACAUUGAUGACUCGCUCACUGGUGGAAAUGCCUCCUCUGCUGAAGGGCCUGAGGAGGAAGGUACAGAAAGCGCAGAAAUCACUGAUGUCGAUAUUGUCAUGAACUAUCACUUGCAGGAGACCAGUUACACAAAAGAAGCUUACAAGAAGUACAUCAAAGAUUACAUGAAGUCAAUCAAAGGGAAACUUGAAGAACAGAGACCAGAAACAGUAAAAUGUGUUAUGACAGGGGCUGCAGAACAAAUCAAGUACAUACUUGCUAAUUUCAACAACUGUCAGCCUCUUAUUGGUGAAAACAUGAAUCCAGAUGGCAUGGUUGUUCUGCUAGACUACCGUGAGCAUGGUGUGAGCCCAUAUAUGAUUUUCUUUAAGGGUGGUUUGGAAAUGGAAAAAUGUUAA